CAGCUUCCUCAUCCUUCUCAAAAUCAGUCUUCAAUACCUAAAUUUUCCUUGAGCAAAAAUGGGUUCCAAGACACUUCUUUUCUUUUUCAUUUCCAUGGCUGUAGUUCUAAUGAUUACCUCAGAGGUGGCUGCCAAGUCAGUUGACAAUUCCAAGACAGUUGAGACAAAUGAGGAAGGAGAAGCCAAGUACCAUGGAGGUGGCUACGGAGGAGGCCACGGAGGAGGCUACGGAGGAGGUCAUGGAGGAGGUUACGGAGGACACCAUGGAGGUGGCUACGGAGGAGGACAUGGAGGGUACGGGGGUGGCGGCCAUGGUGGUUAUGGACAUGGAGGGCAUCAUGGCGGUGGCGGCCAUGGUGGACAUCCUGGUGAGGCUGCAGAUGCUGAGCCUCAGAACUAAUAAAGCCAGCUUCUAGCUAUGUCAUGAUUAAUCAUGAAUGCUUACUAUAAUAGUAUGCACUUUGUAAUGUGAAAUUCAAAUAAGUGCUGAAUCAGUGAUCAUGAAAUAUGCACUCCAUGUAUUUGCUGGCUAUCUAGUUCAAUUUCAGUAUAUGAGUGUGAUUUUGUGUCU